GCCAGAGCCAUAUACAGACUGUGGAGCCAAAACAUUCAGGCUCUUCUUAUUCUGCACCUCACUGAGCAGCACAGGGCCCAGGUUUAGCAAUAUUUUAUGACCAUUUGAAAAAUAGCGUUGACAACUUUAACCUUUAUAGCUUUUUUUUUUUUACUAGGUUGUGCAAUGUGAUGCAUUAUGCCAAAAAAAAUGUUGAUGGGUUCGUGAGCGUUGGCAACCCUCAAAGCCAGGUGCGCGCUCCAGAAAAGCUCAGCCAAUCAAAAACUUGGCUGAGUUUACUUAAACAGGAAGUGAUUUACAUUUGUGGCGCUAAAUUCAAGAUAGUGGUUAAGCCAGAAGAGUGGGUUGGCUGGUAAGUAAUCCCAUAAUCAUGGAGGCAUUGGGAGGAAUCAGUCAGCAAUUAUACUUCUCCAGUUGUGAUGAGGACAGCAGCAACAGUGACAACAGCCUGGAUGAGUACAGCUUUAGGAUCCAGAGCAAGAGCCCCACCUGCAGAACACCUGUAGCCCAGCACCAUCGCAGGAGCCACACACAGUCCUCACCUGCCCACUGCACCAGCCCCAUACCGUAUGCGUCCUGGAGAAAACUGAGGCUAUGUGACUCUCCAAGCACGCCAAAGAGCCUUCUAUCAAAAUCAUCACAGCUUUGCUCUAGCACUAAGACCAGUUACUACGAGAGGUCCCGUCGUUUUAGCUCUCUACCCUUAAAGAGUGUCCAGGCUCCAUCUGUCAAUGUAAACCCAUUCACUCCAGACACGGUGCGUCGGACGAGCGAGCAGCAGUGUAAACAUGGCUUCAGGAGUGACGAUGACGAUGAUUAUGGCCGCAGAAUCAAACACAGUCUCACAUCAUCUGAGGAGGAUGAUGAAACAUUUCUUCCACCAAAGAGGCGAGCUGUGCAGGCCCUCAUGCUAUCGCGGUACGAGAGUGAGUUCUUGGAGCUGGAGUGCAUUGGCGUGGGCGAGUUUGGGGCAGUCUAUAAGUGUGUCAAGAGGCUGGACGGUUGCUUGUAUGCCAUUAAACGCUCUCGUCGGCCACUUGCAGGCUCUGCCAAUGAACAGCUGGCUCUUAAGGAGGUGUAUGCACAUGCUGUUCUUGGACACCACCCACAUGUUGUCCGAUAUUAUUCAGCUUGGGCAGAAGAUGAUCACAUGAUUAUUCAGAAUGAAUACUGUGACGGUGGAAGUCUAAAUGACAUCAUUGUAAAGAAGGAGGAGCAAGGAGAACUUUUUUCAGAAGCUGAGUUGAAAGAUUUGCUUCUUCAAGUGUCCAUGGGUCUAAAAUAUAUCCACAGUUCCAGCCUUGUACACCUGGACAUCAAGCCAAGUAAUAUUUUUAUUUGCCAGCAACAAAGCAAAAGUGCCUCAGCAGGUGAAGGAGAAAGUGAAGAGGAAGAUGAAACCAGCAUGUCUGCUGGUGUAAUUUAUAAAAUAGGGGACCUUGGACAUGUCACGUCAACUAACAAUCCUCAAGUCGAAGAGGGUGACAGUCGCUUUCUUGCCACUGAAGUGCUACAUGAAGACUACAGCCAACUUCCUAAAGCUGACAUUUUUGCUCUGGGCCUUACGGUGGUGUUGGCAGCUGGAGCCACUCCACUUCCUCAAAAUGGAGAUGAGUGGCAUAGUCUCAGAGAGGGCCAACUCCCCAAACUCCCACAGGUCCUUUCACCCCCUUUUGGAGCUUUACUUCAGUUAUUGAUAGACCCUGAUCCAGCAAAGAGGCCAUCUGCUAAGGAGCUCUGCAAGCACCCAGUGUUGAAGGAUGAAGGGUCAGAAAAACUAGCUGCUCAGCUACGUAAAGAGCUAAAUGUUGAGAAGUUUAGGUCUGCAAUGUUGGAAAAAGAACUGAAGGAGGCUCGUCUGGCUGCCUUUUCACCAAAACAGACACCUGAUCUCAAGUUGAAGCCUAUUGAGAAGUUGAGGUCUCAACUCAACUCGGGCAGAAGACUUGUUGGCAGGAAAGUAGCACGCUCCAUGAGCUUUGGGUGUUCAGGGUAUGGGGUCUGAUGGGCCCCCAUACUUUACUCCUGUCCCCUACUGAAUUAGCCCAUGUUUGAUACUGCUAACAUGGCUUUUGUCUAUAUGCCUACUACUACAAUGCCUCAUCUGACAUGUCUGGAUUCGAAUGCGUUUUUAAUUUACUGUAAAUAAACAUUUUAACAAUUUUAA